AUGAUUGUAGCACUACUGAGCCUUGCAAGGAUUCGUGGCAUUAUAUUUGAUGUUGAUGGAUUGUUAUUAGAUUCAGAGAAGAUCUUUGCAGAUUGUUUUAAAAAUGUCACUGGAAUGGAACUUACAACUGACAUUCAUGUUAAAGCAAUGGGAUUGACUGGCAUUCAAUUAGGAAAAUUCCUCAUGGAAAUGUACAAUAUAACUGGCGAUCCUGCCGAAUUUAUGAGAAAGAUUGACAUAUGUGCUGAUUACUUGUAUCCUUUUAGUGAAGUACUCCCAGGUGCAAGAGAAAUUGUUCAAAAAUUUGCUAAGCAUAAUAUCAAGAUGGGAGUUUCAACAGGUGGUAAAAGAGUUCAUCAUGAAGCCAAAAUAGCUAACCAUCAAGAUAUUUUCUCAAAGAUUGAGGCAACUACAUUUGGAAGCGAAAUAACCCACGGAAAACCAAAUCCAGAAAUAUUCGUGAAAACAAUGGAAAAGUUGAAUAUAACAGAUCCUAGUGAAGUUCUUGUUUUCGAAGAUGCCCCAAAUGGAGUGAAAGCUGCAAUUUCAGGCGGAAUGAAGUGCGUAAUUGUUCCAAAUCAUCAUACUCCAUACAAGGAGCAGCUAGAGAACCUUGGAGUAGUUCCUACAAUGUAUUUAAAGUCAUUAUUAGAAUUUGACUAUUCUGCCUUUCUGUUCAUUGAUAGAAAUGGCCAAGAAGUAACAUUUGAUAAUCUCAUCUUAGAAAGUAAUGAUGAAAUUAAUAAUAAAGAAUUAUAA